CUCUCUCUCUCUCUAGUUCAUUUAGUCAAAGCCACCAUAACAGACUGCAUCGUCGGAGCCUGAUCCUUCUUCAUUAUACCCAGCGACGAACUUAGCCGAAAGCCAUCGCCUUUUUCGUCGUCGUCGUCUUUGUCUCCGGCAGAAUCACACCUAAAAAUACAAAUAAGCGCAAAGAAGCAGGAAAGUUUAAAUAAUGGUGGGGACUGUUGGGUUGUAUGAACCUGAUACGUACAUGGAAGCUCGGCCAACAUACCCACUUGAAUGGUAUUCAAAGCUGGCAGCUCUCACUCCUCACCACAACUUGGCUUGGGACGUUGGCACGGGCAAUGGCCAAGCUGCUAUUGGGGUGUCUGAGCACUACAAGCAAGUGAUUGCAACGGAUGUAAACAUGGCCCAGCUAGAGCGAGCUACUCCCCAUCCUCGAGUCCGAUACCUCCACACUCCUCAAACCAUGAAUGACAACGAAUUAGUGUCGUUGAUUGGGGGAGAAAAUUCUGUGGAUCUAAUAACCGUUGCAACAGCAGUUCAUUGGUUCGACCUUUCACACUUCUAUUCUAUUGUUUCUCGGGUUUUGCGCAAGCCAGGAGGAGUGCUUGCUGUUUGGUGCUACUUUGACAUGGCUGUGAGCCCCGAAUUCGACUCCCUCUUCAAAAAAUUUCACGACUCAUUGCUGCCGUUUUGGCCCAAGGAAGUCAGAGACUACGUGCAUGAGGGUUACAAAACGUUGCCGUUUCCAUUUGAGAGUGUUGGGUUAGGUUCUGAGGGGAAUCCACUGCCCUUGGAGAUACAUAAACAACUUUCUUUGAAUGGAAUUUUGAAGCUGUUCAGGUCUUUCUCUCCUGUCAAUGUGGCUAAGAGCCAGGGUCUGGAUUUGUUAUCCCCAGAGGUGGUUAAAGGCUUUGAGAAUGCUUGGGAUGGACCUCUUACUUCGGUCAGGGAUGUUACCUACAAAGCUUUUAUGCUAGCUGGAAAGGUAAAGGAAAGGCGAAGGCUGAACAGGAAUGAACCUGAGCUCGGGUGAGAUUGUACAUGUCAAGCGGCGCGACCUGGAGUGUUCGGUCUCGGGACAUCUGGGAAUUAUAUUUUGAAAGUCGCUGUGCGACCUGAGAAAUAUGUAUUUUGAAAUGUAAAGUUUAAAAAGUAAAUUUACGAAGUUUGAAAUCGGGAUCCCGGGAUUUGUAAAUAUUAUAUUAUAUUACAAAGUUUAAUAUUUAAAGUAAUAGUUUUAAUUUGACACGUUUUUCAAGAAAUUUCUUUGAUCAAGAAAGAUUGCACAAUAAUUGAAAAAGCACUGUAGCGUGCCUUAGCAUUAGGGCGUUACACGUGUUGUUUGUCCGAAAUGUGAAGAACACAAGCCAAUCCAAGCACAUUAAGGACAAGAUGGGAUUGCAUGUAUAUACAAUCUAUCUUGAGGGAGGAGUAUUAAGAUUAUGAGUUUAGUAUAUCAGUUAGUUAGCUAAAGUGUUUGAUUGAUUAAGAGCUAUUAUGUUAGUUAUAAGUUAGUUGUUAGCUUUUGGUGAAGUGAUACAGUUACUUAGUUUGUUACCUCUUUGUAUAUAAACCAGACUCUGUAUCAUUUUUGCUCAAAUGAAUCAAUAAAAAGCGAUUUGUUUUUCUUUUA